AUGUUAUUGUCCCAAAUUAUUUAUAACUUUCUAAUUCUUCCUUUCCCAAUCUAUUUCAUUCCAGGCGAAAUUCGUUCAUCAAUCGCACCACGUAAACCAGAACGUACGGCCAGUAUGCGUGAACGUGAGGCACAAUUGGAAUUGGCACGUAAACGUCAUAUUGGAAUUAAUCAACAGUCGAAUGGAAACAACAGCAAGGAAAACGUCGAUACUCUCUCAAUUUGCUCGUCAAAUGGUGAAAAUGUAUCUGCGGAUCAACAACAUUCCACAAAUCCCAAUGGUUCUAACAAUGCAACAACUACAAAUUCUAACAACAACAAGCAACAUGCCAUUAAAAAUAUACAAAGUCCACAAUUGGGUGGCAUCAAUGCCUCACGUCAGGAAGGUAAAUCGUCGACAACAACAACAAAUAAUAGUGGCAGUCGUACCAGUACCUUUGAACGUAAGAAAAAUGAAGCGAAACCAACAAUGUCCAAUAAAUUGGAAAUAUUUGAAACAAACGCACAAACGAACAAUAACAACAACCAGAACGCCAGCAAUGCAUCCGAUACUUGUUCGAUUAAAUCGGACAGUCGCACCAAUAGCCUCAAGGAUACGGUGCGCAAGAUCAACAGUACCAUUGAUAAUUACCUAAAGGAUAAGAGGGACUAUGAGAAUAUGUAUGAAAUGGUUAAGACACCAUCAUCGCCGCCACCACCACCAGCCAGAUCGGCGGAUUUGCAGGCCUCACAGCGUCUAAUGCAAGCGAGACGUAGAGAAAAUCUACAAUUGGACACCAUCUCUGUGGCCAGUUAUACACGCAGUGAAUAUGGACCAGUUAGGACUUAUGGCCUUAACAAUAGUUUGGCGAACAUUCCACGCAUGAUUUCGGCUUCGUAUUGCGGCAGUGAAAUGGGUGAUUUGGAUAUAUAUUCACCCUACAGUUAUUAUGGCAGUGAAGCGGGUGGUGACAUUACUGCUGAUAUUAAUGACAGUGUGUGGGGUGUACCAUCGGCCAUGAAGACCCGAGUAAAAGCCACAAAUCGCCUACGCAUGCGCAAGGGACGCAGUGUCGUCCACAAAACCAUCGAGGAUAAUUACUCAGCUGUUGUGGGAGCCAAUCAUGAAGCCUUGGCACAAGUUUUGGAACAGCUCCAGCAAACCCCCAUUAUACCGCCAGCCCUGCGGCCACUUGCCAAUGCCAUAAACUUGCGUUUUGAAGAUUUCACCAUCCUCGAAGGAGCUCAAGCAUUUGUUGUGGGCAAAAAAGCAUUCCAUGCCGCACUGUGGACAACAGCACCCGUAACAUUGGCCCUCUCCGCAGAUUGCAAUCAAUUAGCCGGCAUUGGUGGAGAAUUAAGUCAACUAUCCGGUGGUGUAUCGGGUGCACUAAAUCCCAUUACAGAAUUUUGUGAUGUUGUACCCAGCUAUCAUUUGCCAUUAAUGCCAACAACAGAAAUGACAUUGUUACAGGCUACCAUAUCGGUAUUGCCACGUCUGCAGCUGGACACCUUGCAAUCGAUUGGAGCCAUACUAAAGGGUAAAUCGCAUGUUUUGGAUAAUAGUAAUUUCAAUUUUCGUGGUUCGAUACCUAAUCUGACAAUAUUGAAAGAUGUAGGUGCGCUUAACAACAACAAUACGAACAACAACAUGAGAAAUGGCAUGUCGGUACAAAAUCUCAGUACUCUCAAUGAAGAAAUUGCUGGCAGUGGAGAUUUAAGUUUGAAAUUACCCGAACAGCAGCAGGAACAAAAUACAGCCAUCAAUGGCAUGCCAGCAUUUGAUGAUGUCAUGACCCGUGAGGUGGCCUUCAUAAUGCUACAACUUAUCAACGGUAUGAAACAUUUGCAAGUUAAAGCUGUCGAAGAGAUGCCAUUGAGCCUUUCCAAUGUGGUGCUAUCCAAGGAAUACGAUAACAAAGAUGCCCAGGCGCGUUUGUGUGUAUUACAGGGUACUCAACAAGAUGAAGAUGAACCCAUGGGUACGCUGUGUAAAUGUGCCCAUGUUGCUCUCACCGAAAUGUUGCCGGCCACAAAGAUGACACCCAUUGUUGCGGAUAUCUUGAAACAAGAUCGUUCGGAAUCUCUAUCGAAAUCAAAAUCUGUACUCGAAUAUAUAUUAUGGGGUCCAUCGGACGUGGUUCUGACGGGUUCAACAAAAGAACGAGAGACAGCCCUCCAACGUUGGCUGGAUUUGGAAAGGGCCACGGUAUUGCAUGGUCUUGUGCGUACUCGUGUUGAACUGACAGUUUACGAUGAAUGUCAUCUGAUGUUUUUGGUUCGAUCCACGGCGAAAAUUAUGAAUGAUGCGGCGAAAAUUAUUGCCAAUUACCAGGAACAGCAACAACAAUAA